ACCUCCACCGCAGGCAUCUCCCUCUUGAAACCUAUCAUCAGAGAAAAACAAAAAAAAAAACAAACAGAGAAUAUGUGUGGCGGUGCUGUAAUUUCCGAUUUUGCCCCUAGCGUCACCAGAGCCAAGGGUAGGAAACUCACGGCGGAGGAGCUCUGGACAGAGCUUGAUGCUUCUGCCUGCGAUGAUUUUUGGGGUUUUGACUCCACCUUCAAGCUUCAUUCCUCCAAACGACAAGUGACGUUGAAAGAUGAGGCGGCGAACAAAGAGAAGGAGCCGGCGGCGAACAAAGAGAAGGAGCCGGCGGCGACGGAGAAACGGAAGGAGAGGAAGAACGUUUACAGAGGGAUACGUAAGCGUCCAUGGGGAAAAUGGGCGUCAGAGAUUCGAGACCCAGAAAAAGGCGCCAGAGUCUGGCUUGGUACGUUCAACACGGCGGAGGAAGCCGCCAUGGCGUAUGACGUGGCGGCGAAGCGUAUCCGCGGCGAUAAAGCCAAACUCAACUUCCCAGAUCUUCUUCAUCAUCCUCCUCUGGUGCUGCCAUCAUCUCCACGACCGGAAGAUCAGCCUCCGGUGAAGAAGCUAUGUGUUUCCUCUCAGAGCGAGUUGACUCGGUCUAGUUUCCCGGUGGAGUGCAUUGGGUUCGGGAAUGGAGACGAGUUUCAGAACAUGAGUUGCGGAUUUGGACCGGACUACGAUCUCAAACAGCAGAUAUCGAGCUUGGAGUAUUUCCUUGAGCUGGACGGUACCACACCGGAGCAGCCGAGUCUGCUCGACGAGUCCGGGUCCGAGGUUGAUUUAUGGAUGCUUGAUGAUGUCAUCGCGUCGUAUGGAUAAAAACAUAAAAUUAAUGAGUGAAAAAAUAAAGGCUGUAAUAUAAACCGCCGUUACUUUUUAACGUUUUUACCAUUGCAUGGAAUUGCUAAUGAUAUAUGCUGUGGUUUGUAAUGUGUGUGGGCGUUAUUGCGACUCAAAUCGAGCGUUGUAUCAAAGGUUCGUGGUAUUGCUAUUUUAUUUUCUGGAAAAUAACUACUUGUGUAAAUACAGAUUUUGUAGGCAG